UAAUGUUUGGCCUUUAGGUCCACAAUUGAAAUUAGUUUAGGACGGUUGGUUCGCUCAGUAACGAGGAACACGCCAUCCACUUUUCCUUCCAUCUCUAUUUUGCCCGCCUGAUUUUCCGUUUCUCCUUAAACCCUCCAUACUCCCAGUCUCCGCCGCCGCGCAUAUCACAAUGAAGCUCUCGACUCUUUCUCUCCGCCACCACCAAUGCUUCUCCAGCACCGCAUCCGUCCCUUCCUCCCGCUCUCCUAUUUUCUCAUCCGCCUCCCAAACUCGGCCCUGCCGCGUUCGCAUGUCUCUUCGUGAAGGUGCCCCCUCCGUUGCAAUCGUAGGCGUCACUGGCGCCGUGGGCCAGGAAUUCCUCUCCGUCCUCUCCGAUCGCGACUUUCCGUACCGCUCCCUCACGCUUCUCGCCAGCAAGCGCUCUGCGGGGAGGAGCCUCACCUUCGAAGGGAGGCAGUACACUGUUGAAGAGCUGAAUGAAGAUAGCUUCCAAGGUAUCGACAUUGCUUUGUUCAGCGCCGGUGGGUCCAUCAGCAAGAAGUUUGGCCCUAUUGCGGCCGAGAAGGGGACCAUUGUAGUGGAUAACAGCUCUGCUUUUAGGAUGGACGAUGGCGUGCCACUAGUGAUCCCGGAGGUUAAUCCAGAGGCCAUGGCGCAUAUCAAGAUUGGGUCUGGGAAGGGAGCGAUAAUUGCCAACCCCAAUUGUUCCACCAUCAUUUGCUUAAUGGCUGCUACACCGCUUCAUCAACGGGCUAAGGUUAAACGCAUGGUGAUUAGCACUUACCAGGCUGCCAGUGGUGCUGGUGCUGCUGCCAUGGAAGAGCUUGUUCAGCAGACUCGUGAGGUCUUGGAAGGGAAAGAACCAACAUGUAACAUCUUCAAGCAGCAGUAUGCUUUCAACCUUUUCUCACACAAUGCAUCUAUUCAAUCAAAUGGAUACAAUGAAGAAGAGAUGAAGUUGGUAAAAGAGACAAGGAAGAUAUGGAAUGAUAUGGAUGUUAAAGUAACAGCAACAUGUAUAAGAGUCCCUGUUAUGCGUGCUCAUGCAGAAAGUGUGAAUAUUCAAUUCGAGAAACCACUUGAUGAGGAGACUGCAAAGGAUAUUCUUAAGAGUGCGCCAGGUAUAGUGGUCAUUGAUGAUCGUGCUGCAAAUAGCUUCCCCACACCAUUGGCAGUUUCCAACAAAGAUGAUGUUGCCGUUGGGAGGAUUCGCCGUGACAUUUCACAAGACGGUGACUUUGGGUUGGACCUAUUUGUUUGUGGUGAUCAAAUUCGUAAAGGAGCUGCACUGAAUGCUGUUCAAAUUGCAGAGAAGCUGCUAUAACUUAUAAGUUGACUGGACAAUGAGACAAGAAUUUUAUGGUUAUUUUUUCCACACACUUGAAGCUCCUUUUAAGGAAUGUUUAUGUUCUUUGUUUCCAGUGGAAUUGUCAAUGUUGUAGCAAUAGCCACAUGGUUUUGCCAAUGGAAGUUUCGAAGGGUUGUAGACUUGUAGACUAGAUUUUGGUUAUAAACAUUAUGUAAAAAUAAAAAGCAUCGAUGAUCAAGUUUUAUUGAAGAUUUUUGAGGGAGUGGACUUGUGCUCAGUUAACUGCUUCAACUAGUUGUUUACACAAUGUUACAACCUCUGAGAAAAGGUCUCACAGAGUUCGGCUAAAGAAUACUACGUACUCGGUACUACGUAUCACUUGUGGGUGGAAAGCAUUUUGGUUGUAUUUGAAAAUGUGAUAUUAGAUUUUUAUCUUUAGGGUGUGUUUGGGAGUUGGUGUUUGAGAGGGAAGAAAAGACAUGUGAGGUUGAUGACUCUCUUAUUUGUGUUUGGUAGUGUUUUAAAAAAUGUGGAAGAAUGAUUUUGGAAGGGUUUUGUGACUCUCCAAAAC